AUGCAUAGCUUCAGGAAAGCCCAACAACCCGGACCAGUUACCCGGUUGCUAAAUUGUACGGACGAAGAGAAAAAGAAUUAUAAAGGGGUGGAUGCUCCCACUCUUGAAGUUCCCUCUAUGAGAAGACAUCCAAAAACUGGUGACUGGUACUCGGUAAGAUGUGAUAAUAUUCUAGCCAAAUUGCACACAGAACACCCAGAAGUUUGCAACAAGGUUGGUGGGCUUUUAGCCAUGCACAUAGACGGUCUUCGAGUUCUAGCACAUUUGUGGCUUUCCAAGACCGAAGAAGUACCUGAAGAUCAAGCUCACUGGGAGACAAAUAUAACCGGUGACAUCUAUGGGGAAGGCUGGAUUAGUGAGAUGUAUGGUUACUUAUUCGGUGCGGCAGAGGCUGGACUUAGCUUGCCAUUUAGUGUCGGGAACCGGUCUUUCAGUAAAUUAGAACACCAUGAAGAUGGUAUUGUUUAUGGCUGCAGGCAACUCUUUCCCAAACCUCCUUAUCCUAGGGAGGUGAAAGCUAUGGAACUGGAUCCAAAUAAAAGGCGUGGCUUGUUUUUGAGUAUAGAGUGUAUUAAUACGAUGAAUGAGGGUCUUCUCUUACAACAUGCGAGACAUGGAUGCCCGAUGCCAAAGUGGUCGAAAUAUCUAAGCUUUUUGAAAAGCAAAACUUUUGUGGAACUAACUCACCCCAAGCUUCUUACUCCUCGUACAGUACAAACUGAGGUGGCGGCAGAGGGGAAAGAAAUCAGUGAACCCACAAAAAAAUUCACACUAUUUUCUACGGAAUGUAUUCCAUAUUUCGACUGGCAGGCUGUAUAG